AUUGGUUAUUGUUAUGCACCACCCGCCCUGACAAAUUCCUUGUAUGUGCAACAUACUGUGGCAGUAAAUGGUUCUGAUUAUGAUGUUCAUUAGCAAGUUGCUAACUUUAUCCAUUAGCUGUUUAUUGGGAGGAGAGUGUACAGUGGGUGUAUCAGCCCCUUCGCUGACCUCAGCUUUACUUCCAUUAUGGUCUAAAUGAAAAAAAAUACCACAGUCUAUAAUCAAAAAACUACAUUCUUUAUAUAAUUUUUUGUGCAAAUGAUUUGAAAAAAAAAGAAAAUCAGAAAUGUAUGAUACAUUUCAGUGGGAUUUUGAAAAUAAAACAACAAAACAGGAAUGUUUAAAAUAUAUGAAAUACUAUUUCAUUAUUUUUAUGAGUCAUGCUUCACAAUGUAUUCCUUUACUGACGGAUGCUGAGUUUCAUGCACCGACUGCGGUAAUGAAAGCAUUACAGACUACACCCCUCACAUUCCCAGCAUGCAUUGUGGAGCGAGAGAGAGAGAAAAAGAAAAAGCGAGAGAGAGAGAGAGAGAGAGAGAGAGAGAGAGUGGGGGGAAUUUGUUGGGAGGCUGAGGAGGACCGUGGACCUGAGCGUAGAAGAAGAAGGAGCAUCAUUAAUAGAAGAAGAAGAAGAAGAAGAAGAGGAAGGGUCAUUAUUCGAUACUUGCUGACAACCGCUCAGGAUUUCCAGCAUUCUUCCCCCUAACUUGCUCUGGCCUGACGGACCCACCAGCCUACCACCAUGAACUACCUCCGCCGGCGCCUGUCAGACAGCAGCUUCGUGGCCAACCUGCCCAACGGCUACAUGAUGGACCUGCAGAGGCCGACCCCUCCGGACUCGUCCACCUCCUCCCCCGCCUCCCCGGCCACAGAGAGGCGGCAGCCCCCGAGCAUCCCGCCCCCGGCCUCCAACCCAGCCCCAGCCCCAGGCUCUGGCUCCGGCUCGGCUCCGGGCGCGGGGGGCUUCCUCAGCUCCUUCUCCAGCGUGGUGAAGAGCGCUCAGAUGGCCCAGAACGUCGCUGCCGCUGCACACGCCAAGUCAGCGGCGACGGCGGGGGAAGGAGCCUCGGCAGGAAGCGGUCAGCCGCCUAAACUUGUCGUACGCAAGCCCAAGAUCCUGCUGGUCAUCGACGAUCAGCACACAGACUGGGCGAAGUAUUUUCGAGGGAAGAACCUGAAUGGAGAGUAUGAGAUCCGGGUGGAGCAGGCCGAGUUCUCAGAGAUCAACCUGGCCUCCUACGUCAACUCGGGAUGUAUGGUGGACAUGCAGGUCAACAAAGGCGGCACCAGAGUGGUCAGGUCCUUCAAGGCCGACUUCGUGCUGGUUCGCCAGCACGCCUACAGCAUGGUCCCCGGUGAGGAUUUCAGGAACCUCGUGAUCGGCCUGCACUUCGGCGGCGUCCCGGGCAGCAACUCUCUCUUCUCCAUCUACAACUUCUGCAGCAAACCUUGGGUGUUUUCUCAGAUGAUAAAGCUCUACCAGUCUCUCGGUCCUGAGAAAUUCCCCCUGAAUGAACAAACCUUCUAUCCCAAUCACACGCAGAUGGUUACAACCCCUUCCUACCCUGUGGUGGUCAAGAUGGGGCACGCUCACGCCGGCAUGGGAAAGAUCAAAGUGGAAAACCAACAGGACUUCCAGGACAUCACCAGCGUGGUGGCUCUGGCCGGAACCUACGCCACCACCGAGCCCUACGUCCUGUCCAAGUACGAUAUUCGCAUCCAGAAGAUCGGCAACAACUACAAGGCGUACAUGAGAACGUCCAUCUCUGGGAACUGGAAGGCAAACACAGGCUCUGCCAUGUUGGAACAGAUCGCAAUGACUGACAGAUAUCGGCUGUGGGUGGACUCCUGCGCGGAGAUGUUUGGCGGCCUCGACAUCUGUGCGGUGAAGGCCGUCCACGGAAAAGACGGCAAUGACUAUAUCAUCGAGGUGAUGGACAGCUCCAUGCCUCUGAUCGGUGAGCACAUCGAGGAGGAUAAGCAGCUGAUCACAGAGCUGGUCAUCAGUAAGAUGGCCCAGGUGCUGCUGGGAGUGUCCACACCUCAGCCUUCCUCUGUCAAGACCACACAGCCCCGGCGAGGGGGACACCGCUCUGCUUCCGCUUCUCCAUCUCAGUCGGCCCAGGGUUCCCCUCAGCGAGCCCGAUCAGCCACCACCUCACCCAGCCAGUCCUUCCAGCCCGGCCCCAUCCCCGCCACCUCCGGGCCUGGAGCUCAGAAACAGUCGCCACAGCUGAAUAAAUCCCAGUCGCUGACCAACACCUUCACAGAGACGUUACGAGGAAGCCUGACCGACGACGAGGCCAAAGCUGAGACCAUCCGCAGCCUCCGACAGUCCUUCGCCAGCCUCUUCUCCGACUAAAAGCCUCCCCAGAAGCUUCCUCUUUCUGUCAGUUGUCAGGUUUGAAAGAAGAAAAAAACCAAACCCUGACUGGUUAAUCUGUUAUGGAGUCUCCCUCCUCCUCGGAGCCUCAGCUUCCUGUUCCUCCUUCCUUUCUCACUGUUUGUGAAGUUUAACACCUGGUGCAACCCUCUCUCCUCAGAUCAAUGAUUCAUCUAUCACUAGAAAGGCCAAUAGACACCGGGGCUCCAAGAUGAGGGCCACGGUGUAGACUAAAGAUGUCUAACUUUAGCGUUUGUCUUCCUCCCGGGAGAUUUUAAAGAGUUGUAGGAUGUCCGUGCGGGCGCAGAAUCUAACCAGAUCCCAUUCAAAUUUCUACAACUUUUACUCAGAUUGAUGAUUAUGUCUGUUCUAUCUUUGCCGUUCAUGCCAGUUAAGAACAGAUGCAGAAAUAGGCCCACAUGAGCAUCAAUCCAGCUGUUAUUUUGUCAAUCUGAACUCUGUUUAUACCCAUACUCAUUUGUGUUUUUAUGGAACAGCACAGUGAUCAUGUUAGUGGACAGAGUCGUUUUCAGGCAUCUUGAUGCUUUAAUUUGAAAGUGGAAACAUUUAAUGCCCCCUAGACAUUAGAUCAGCAGUCAGCUGAUGGCAGGUUGGCCUUUCUAGUGGUAAGUUAUGACAGUAAAUAAUCAUCUAGCUCAUACUGCUUGGUAUAUAGUCGUUGUUCUGCAUUCUGUUUGUCCAACAAGUGAAACUGUUCAUUAUUGGGUUCUUUCUAGUUAGUUUAUAUACAGUAUAUAUAUAUAUUUAUUUAUUUAUUUCUGAAAUUAAAUGUAUUUCAAUUUUUACUUUAAUUGACGCACAGCUUCCAAACUGUUUGAAGAUGUCUAAGGCAAUAUUCUUAUUUGAAACUGUUCCGGUCCGCUCACGACAAAUGUACUGAAUCCUCACGGUUCACCAGCGAUUUUAAGCAUUUUGCCAGCAGCCGCAUUUCUCAGACGUCCGCGUGCUAUAGACACAUUUUGGCUUACGUGUAGUGACUCUUCUACCCAACAUUACCAAAAGUGCUUUUUAAUAAAAACAUACAACCACCCCCUCCCCUCCCCCCCCCCCCCAGUGGGCCAAGAGAAGAAUCUCAGAGCGAAGCAACCUUUGAGCUCGUGGUUUCACAAGGUGCAAACGCUGUACUGGCUCACAGCCAUCGUCUUCCAUCACAGCUCAGGUCUUCCCCUGUAGCUCUUCUUUGUCUUAAUGUGUCCGGUGUGUUUCCUGACGGGGGGGUUUAUAUGGUAACGACUCCCGCUCUGUGUUUAAAGGUGAACGGUGAGGAUGUAAUAUAAGACUUUUAAUGUGCUUAACUUUCUACUGAGAUGGAGAAAAUCUUUCCUCACAUCUUUCUUCUCCUUUCUUCUCUACAGCCAAUGCUAAAUUGAUCAUCAUCAUCAUCCUCAUGUUUUGUUUUUUUUUGUUCUUGGUCGUACAACAUCUGCAAUGGUAGGAGCCAAGACAGACGUCCUCUUUCAUCACACUUUGGAACUGCAUGUAAAUGUUAAGUGAACGUCAUUCGUACAGUAGAGUCCAAUUGGUGUUUUCUAACAAGGUCGCGAUCUCAGCUGUUCUACAAAGACAGCUAAAGCAACGGCAACGCUUUAUUUUAUGGGUGCUGCAAUGUCCUAAUAACUUCCCAAGGAUAGAAAUAUAAUAUAUAGACUAUGUUAACUUGUGGCAUAGGUAUCCAGAACCAGGACAUGUUACCAUUUACAGUAUAAGCUCUAAAGAUGGAAUCUACAAUUGUUUGCAAUUGUUAUUUGGAUUUAAUGGGGGGAAAAAUGGACAAAGAUGCAAUUGAAUCUAUGUAAAUAUUUAUUUAUUUGAUGGAAACUUCAAGUUUAAGCUACCUGUGGCUUUAUUUGACUGUGUACCAACUGAAUAGUGUCACAAUUGUCCUUAUAAUUAGCACUAAAUUAUGUAUUUUACAGGAAAUGUAAAUAUUCUUCCAUUUCAAGGAAAUAAUUAGGAAGCCCGUAAAAUAAAUUGUCAGCAAGGUAUUUUUUUCUCAAAAUAAUUCCUUGGUGCAUUCAAGGUGCAAGAGAUUGACGGUAUAUUUGGCUUUCCAUGCAGAGCACAAUCACAAUCUAAUAAUGUGUAAAUGAUUAUUCUUGCAGGCAGUUAUGAAGCUGUCUUGUAGUUGGCUCUUUAUAGUUAUCUGUGCUACAAACUGAAUACGUCUAGAUAUUGUUUUCAUUCAGAAGGAACUGGAGUAAAAAGAAAGUUAUAAUAUUAAUAUUUUUCUCCAAAUACCCCAAACAGAAAUACACUACAAAUUGGAUAUUUGGUAACCUGUGAGCAGUGUGCAGUAAAUGGACGAUCGGUGAUAACAGUAAUACUGAUGGUGAUAGUAAUAAUUGUAGUAAUGAUAAUAAUUCCCCCCAUUUUGAGGUAAAGUGCAUGAAGCUGUAUAAAAACAAUAGUGAUGUGUUAGGGUGCGCAUGUGUGUGAAGUUCAAGUUGUAAAUUGACCAUUAUGAUUAAUAAUGAUACUACCACCAAAAAAAAGAACUGCCCAUUUUUUUGCAAUAAUUAUGUUGAUAAUAAGUUCCGGCCGAUUUGAUUUCAAACUAUGUCGCUUGUUUCUUUGAGAGAGGCUGUUAUUUUUUGACCAAGCUUUUAUUUGAUGCUUUGCCAGUCUCACUGGCACAAACAUGAAAAACUAACAUUGUAUGUUCAUGUGCGCUAGCUUGUCAAAGUACACUAACAACCGUACAAAGCGAUGAUAUGGAUGGAAGUUUUACUUCUACAAACGUUGCUCUGGAGGCGAAACAAUCUGAUUGGUUGCAUGUUAUCAUUAGUGGGUGGAGCCACAGAAUCACAGUUGUUAGGCUACUUAAUGGAUCGUUUGCUAAGCCCCACCCUCUUAGUUGCUGCCUGUCAAGCUUUCUGUUCUUACACAACGAAUAUGGGUCGAGUCUAGAUGGUGACGCACAAGUUGCGAAAACUCUCGCGAGACUCGCUGCCCGACGACCUUUCCUAAUCUUGACCACUCGAGGUCAAUGCCUUACCUUAAAGGUGCAGUAAAUAGGAUGCAGAGCACUAAUAUAGCAGCAAACAACUAUUUGUGUUAUGUAAAUAUAUAUAGUGGAGAAUGAAGUCGCUCUCCCUCUGUGUGUGUUGUAAUGCGAGUUUCCCCUUGCCUUGUUGACAUAGUUUAGCCGUGCUUUAAAUGCACAUUCGUGCACGUGACGCUGUUAGCAUCGUCAUCUACGAUCAGCUCAGAAGUUGAGAGCUGUUGAGAAGCAAUCAAAAUGCUCCCAAUCUCUUCUUGUGCCCCUUUAACCAUUCAAGGUCAAUGCCUAACCUCAGCCAUCUUGCGAACGAUUUGCAACUUGUGUUUUUAUUUCCUUUUCAACAAAAACUCGUCUAAAAUGACAACUGUUACCAACCGAUUUCAUCAGCUGUAGCUAGCUAUUUAAUUAAGCAAACAUUAGCUCCAUACGUUGGUUGACUACGCUGUCUCUACCUGACUUCUUAAUGUUACCAACUGACUUGUUUUAAAACAGUAAUGCUGUAAAAUGGUGUUAAAUAUGCACUCGAUGGCUACAUACAUGAUAUUGUGCCAAUAAACUGAGUUCUUUGGUGUUAAAGGCUUUUAAGAUGAGGACUAACCAAUGUCUUUCGCCCGUAUAAUGCUAUCUCGGGUAAUGUUGGCUGGGGUUUAUUCCUCAAAUGUAAUAACGGAAUAAUAUCAUAUUGAAAUGCUCCGCAUCCCUGGAAGUUACACAGGUUAAAGUUACCAGGCGGUAGGCUAGUUAGCCGGACAUGCUAACCGUAGCUGCUUAACUUAGAGCAGAUUAACGCAUUGUUUCAUCCGUUCUUGUAUAUUUUUGUUAGCUAAGAUCGGACAAAUGCUGCUCAGGGGAGGGGUUUAGUCUUUAACGUCAGGAAGUCUGUGCUAGAGACAUUUUCCUUUUAUUGACAUCAGCUUUUUACAACGCUGUGGUUCUUUAGCUCGCUCCAACCGCUCUCUCCGAGGAUUGUUUGUAAAAGCAAAAUUCUGAUCUGCAGUCAGCUUUAUCUCUCAGCGUCUUGUUAUUGAGCACUUUUGCGAGCCUUUCAUCACCCUUGGCACUGUGUCAAAAUGGACCAAAUUCGUAUUUUAUUGCGCGACCGCUUGAAGGUGUGAAUCAUAUUGUUUUGUCUUUGUUGUAAAGACACCUACCACUUAGUAUAUAAUACUGCAGUGUGAUAAGCCAUAACUUAACCGUAAGGAUUUACUGUCCCUUAUAUGCCACGCAAUAAUGGCUGUGACUGAUAUAUUGAUUUAAACCACUGUGUCCAUUCACUACUAAAACAUUAGGAGGCCUGUCCUGCCCUUCUGAGGCAGUAACUGAGAAAUCCUACCACGCAGCUUAAGUAUGUGCUACUAAUACUUCUGUCAGGAUGAAAGAUACUCUUCGAUGUCACCAGUGUAGAUCUGCUUUUUAUUAUAUCUGUUGCCAGAUAAAGUCUCUCAGUUAGCUGUUAUAUCUUAACAAACCUGAUGUUUUUGAUUUGACUCGAUUGGAACGGAGCUGUAAAAGGUGAUGAGUAACUACCUCAAGUUCAGCAGUGACUGCCGAAACUGACUAUAGUGACGGUAGUACGGGAAAAAGAUUUUGUGAAAUGAGACACCCGUUUUUGGUGCGAGAAAGGGGACCGAGAAAAUGCCCCGUCAGACGAAAAAAAGGGAUUAGUUCGAUGCCGGGACUGUGGAAAAACAACAAUGUAGUGUCUGUGACGUCAACCUGAGGAGGAUCGGAGUCCAGAUUUCCUGCAACAUCCAGGCACAGUCAGCAGGAUGGAGACUGUGAAGGCCUUCCAUGUAACAAGUAGCACAUCAUCACUCAAUCACUCCCCAAAUAUACACCUUUACAAGUCUUUUUAAGUGUCCCCUUAACAUUUUUUUAUCGAGUGUUUCUCGUGUACGCUUUACCUCAUGUGUAGGAAUCCUCCCAUCAAGAACUUUAUUCAGCCUCCAGAGGCUUCCUCACAGGAAACUGUUGAUGUCACAGAUGCCGCAUCCAUGUUCUUAAACAGUGUGCGCUCAUUUCACAAAAUUUCCUGCAAUCUCUUCACCCCCGUCUUUCUUUCUUUUUAUUUCAGUUAAAAAUGAUGUGAUAUUUGUGGGGGGAAAAAGGCAAUUCUCUGCUAUGUUUACCUUUUUUUAUUCUUCUUUCAGUCAUGACAUGGUUGAGUCUCGAUCUCGGCGUCUGGUGUGUUGAACUGAUUCAUAACAGUUGAAUAUGCAGCCUCACAGACCUGCCAUUGAGUAGUCCACUUCAAAUGUGGUGUUUGUAAAUGAGAGGCAGAGUGUCAUUGCACUGGUUUAUGUGCCGAUAUUUCAGUCCACUGUGCCCCUUCCCCUCUGCUGAAUGGUGGAUGGUAUCGUAUGGUAUUGUAAGUGUAUUAACGUUCUGUAUAUUGGUGUAAAUGUGGCAUGAAAACCAACCCCUCCCGUGUGCCUCAGGUGUGUCAAUCUCAAUGUCUGGCUGCUUAUUUGUGAGACGUGCGAUGCAUCUCAUGUGUUCCUGUAAUUCAUUAGUAUCAAGAUGAUUUAGUUUUCUGUAUUUUUGUUCUUUUGUCUGAAAAAGCAAGAUUUCUGUUAUUAAAGGUACCAACUUUUAUUACA